GGCGCCUCUCGAACAGCGCUUUCACGUGGAAUCGGAAUCGUGUUCAUCGCCUCCGUAGCUUCGACGUGAUCUCCCGGAGUCGCAUCGCCUCCCGUAGUCGCCUCGCUCCCUCCCGACUCAAGUGCAGCGUCGGCGACGACCAGAAGACCCCCGUCACGGCCUGGAAAUGGCGGAGACGCGAGAUUUCGUGGUGAUUGGCGCCGGCAUCUCCGGCCUGGCGUUCGCCUCGACAUAUCUCAGUGUGCACCCUCACGCCGAUGUCGUGAUCCUUGAGAAAGAGACGGUCCUCGGUGGGACAUGGAGUCGACAUCGACUCUACGACCAUUUCUACACGCAGUGGUCUGUCGGAUUUGGUGAAUUUUCCAACCAAUCCAUGACCGUCCCCCCCAAGGAUGACCAAUACUGCGGCCUCUUCAAGUCCGAACAUACGACGCAGUAUCUGGAAGAGUAUGCCGCGAAUCAGACCUUCGGGGGCCGGACGCUCCAAGAUCGCAUCCUCUUCUCCACGAACGUCACCUCCGCCCAGAAAUCGGGACGCCUCUGGUCCCUCGACCUCGAAGUCACCACGGGGGGCACCACCGACCGCCGGACCCUCCUCGCCAAACACCUCAUCCUCGCGACCGGCAUCACCACCAUCCCGAGCGUCCCCUCCCUCCCGGGCGCUGCGGGAUUCCCGGCUCCCAUCAUCCACAACCGCGACUUCGGCCGUGCCAGCCGGCGUCGGGACGCCGAGGGCGGCGAAGCGGGGAUCCUCGUCGACCCGGCCGUCGCCCACGUCACCGUGCUCGGGGGCGGCAAAUCCGGCGCGGACAUGGUGUAUGCGAGCGUCAAGGCGGGAAAGCAGGUCGCGUGGAUCGUGCGGCCGACGGGGACCGGACCGUGUACGUUCGUGGGGGCAGGAGGGAAGGCUGGCUUCCAGAAUGCUUUCGAGCUGGCAUCGACCCGCGCUCCCGAAUCCCUCCAACCAUCCUACUUCGCCCCUUGGAGCUGGUGGAAUUACCUCCUCCAUCGAACCGCGACCGGCCGCUCACUCGUCUUGAGCCUCUUCGCCGCCGCACACAAGGAAGCCGUCGCCGAUGCCGACUACGCGAAUCGUCCGGCACGAGGCGAUUUCAACAAACUGGUCCCUCACACUCCGAUCUUCUGGCGCAACAACGCCGCCGGCAUCGUCAACCACGGCGACUUCUACGAGACCCUCGCCGACCACGUCGACGUCUACUACGACGACAUCGCCUCCCUCUCCCCCUCCCCCUCCUCACCCCCGUCUUCGGCGACCGGCCUGAUAACCCUGCGGUCCGGCCGCACCAUCAGCACCUCGGCCCUCCUCCUCGGCACCGGCUGGCAGCCCUCCACGAGCUUCCUCCCGCCCUCGCUCUGCGCCCGCCUGGGCCUGCCCUACGCCCUCGGCGCCGAGGAGACCUUCCCCGCCGCGCAGCAGGCCGCCGCGCACCGCUGGCGCGAGGCCGAACGCGCCGCCGACGCCGCCGUCGUGGCCCGCUACCCCAUCCUCGGGGAGCCCCCCGCACACGCGAGCCAUCCGGUCACGCGGGCGCCGUGGAGACUGUACAACCUGAUGGUGCCCGUGGGAGGAGGAGGCGACGGGGAACGCAACACCGGCGAGGAAGGAGGAGAAGAAGAAGAAGAAGAAGAAGGGGAGGACCGGAGCUUCGCCUGCAUCGGCCUGCUCAACACGACGAAUUACUUCCGCACCGGCGAGGCCCAGGCCCUAUGGCUGACGGCAUGGUUCGACGGACACCUCACCUCCUCGUCGUCCAACAACAACAACGACAACAACAGAAGAACAAAAGGGAGCCCUCCCGCCUCUCUCCCAAGCCCAUCGGCCCGUCGCUCCGCCGUCGCCUCCUUCAUCGCGUGGAACAAGCGCCGGUACCUGUCGCUCGGGGCGGAGGGAAACAGCGUGUCGUUCGACACCCUGCGGUACACGGAUCACCUGCUCCGGGAGCUGGGCCUCAGGUCCCACCUCCCGUCUUCAUCUCCGUCUCCGUCUCCGUCUUCGCCCUCGUCCACGUCGGCGCUCGGCGCGCUGCGCUGGUGUCUGUGGCCGCCGGCUUGGUGGCGCUGGUGGAAGGCGUAUUACUUCCGGCCGAACGCCGCGGCAGUGUACGCCGGGCUGAGGGAGGAGUACAUCCGGAUCUACGGCGGCGGCGGCGCGGAGGGGGAGGGGACGGGGGUGGUGGGGAACGGGAAGCUCGAGGGGAAGAAGACGGUCUGACGAGGUGGGACUUUCCCCCUGGCGGGGGAACGGCAGUUUUAUGAUUAUGUUCUUCACGUUCAGGAGAGCGUGGAAGUGAGAGGACGGGGGGCGCAGAGACGAGGAC